AUGCUUCUGUUGGAGCUGCUAAUUCUUGGGAGCCUGAGAGCAGGGAAGGGCUCUGCCAUCCUGGGCACGCUGGAUCUACAAAUAGAUGAGGAGCAGCCAGCCGGCACCAUCAUUGGGGACAUCAGUGCUGGCCUGCCCCCUGGAACUAGUGCCUACAUGUAUUUCAUCUCAGCACAGGAGGGCAGCGGUGUUACCACUGACUUGGGGAUAGAUGAGAACACUGGUAUCAUCAAAACCGCUCGUGUCCUGGACCGAGAGACUCGAGACCACUACAGCUUCAUUGCUGUUACCCCAGAGGGCAUCACAGUAGAAGUGAACAUCCAAGUGAAUGACAUCAAUGACCAUGCUCCAGCCUUUCCCAAACAACACAGCACCUUCCAGAUCCCAGAGCACACGCCCGUUGGCAGCAGAUUUCCCUUGGACCCAGCCUUUGAUGCUGACAGUGGCCUACUCAAUACACAAGGCUAUGUGAUUAAGGGAGAGAAUGUGGGGCAGGCAUUCCGCCUGGAAACACGUCGAGGACCCAAUGGGGUCCUCUAUUUGGACCUGGUGGUCAGCAACGUCUUGGAUCGGGAGAACCGUUCAUCAUACUCACUGCUGUUAGAAGCCUAUGAUGGUGGCUCUCCUCCCCGGAGUACCCAGAUGACGCUGGAUGUGUCCAUCCAGGACAUCAAUGACAAUGCUCCUAGCUUCAACCAGAGCCGCUACCAUACUCUCAUCUCAGAGAAUUUGAAACCUGGCAGCAGCAUCCUGCAGGUCUUUGCCUCUGAUGCAGAUGAAGGUGACAAUGGGGAUGUGAUUUAUGAAAUCAACAGGCGGCAGAGCGAUCCUGACCAGUACUUCACCAUUGACUCACGGACCGGAGUCAUCAAGCUCAACAAGGGUCUGGACUAUGAAGUAAGGAAGGUGCAUGAGCUGGUGGUGCAGGCAAGGGAUAAGGCUGUCCAUCCUGAGGUCACCACAGCCUUUGUCACUAUUCAUGUGCGUGACUACAAUGACAACCAGCCCACCAUGACUAUAAUCUUCCUGAGUGAAGAUGGCUCCCCUCAGAUCUCUGAGGGAGCCCAGCCUGGCCAGUAUGUGGCACGCAUCUCUGUUUCCGACCCAGACUAUGGCGAGUACUCCAAUGUCAAUGUCACGCUGGAGGGAGGGGAUGGCAAGUUUGCCCUCACUACCAAGGACAACAUCAUCUACCUUAUCUGUGUGGACCAGCUUCUGGAUAGGGAAGAAAGAGACUCCUAUGAUUUGCGGGUGACAGCUACUGACUCAGGAACACCCCCACUCCGGGCAGAAUCAGCCUUUGUGCUGCAAGUGAUGGAUAUCAAUGACAACCCUCCACUCUUCGACCAGCAGGAGUACAAACAGAGCAUCCCCGAGGUUGUGUACCCAGGCAGCUUUGUCCUGCAGGUGACAGCUCGUGACAAGGACCAGGGUCCCAAUGGGGAGGUGCGGUACAGUAUCGUGCAUGGCCGUGACACCUACUCCAGCUGGUUUGCCAUUGACCCUGCCACAGGUAUCAUCACUACUGCUGCCCCACUGGAUUAUGAGAAGGAUCCUCAGCCUCAGCUGACUGUGCUGGCCACAGACAGGGGAACCCCUGCCCUCUCUUCUUCAGCUGUGGUGCAUGUGGCCCUGCAGGAUGUCAAUGACAAUGAGCCAGUGUUCAGGAGUAAUUUCUACAAUGUGUCGCUGAAGGAGAACACCCCUGUUGGGACCUGCUUCUUACAGGUGACAGCCACAGAUGCAGACAGCGGCAUGUUCGGCUCCCUUUCCUACUCCAUUGGUUCUGGCAUCGGCAGCGUUGUCCCCACGCAGUUCAGCAUCGACAAGCACACGGGGCAGCUGUGCACUGUGCAGCCUCUGGAUCGUGAUGAGGGCACAGCUGCCUACGAUUUCACCAUCACUGCUGUUGAUGGGGGUGGCCUGAACUCCAUGGUGUAUGUGAAGGUUUUCCUGGAGGACAUAAACGACAACCGGCCAGUGUUUUACCCACUGGAAUAUGCUGCCAGCAUCAGCACUCAGAGCAUGCCAGGUACAGCUGUGCUGCGUGUGACUGCCCACGACAAGGAUGAGGGGCUGCACGGGAAGGUGGCCUACCGCAUCGUCCUGGGAAACUCACCCCCUCUCUUCUCCCUCAACAAGGACACAGGUGUCAUCUCCCUCUCGUGGUCCCUGAGCGGUAAAGCCAAUACCCUGGUGCAGCUGGUGAUCUCUGCACAAGAUGGUGGGGGCCUGCAGGCACAGCCAAAUGCCCGGGUGAACAUCAGCAUCGUGGAGGGCACAGUCUCACCCCCCGUCUUCGAGCAAGCUCAGUACUUUUUCACAGUGCCUGAGGACAUGCUGCAGGGUGCCAGUGUGGGGUCUGUCCGGGCCCAGAACCCUCCAGGUCAUGCUGAUGACAUCUUUUAUUCCAUCUCCUCGGGGGAUCCUCAUGGCUCCUUUUCCAUUGACUCUGCCUCCGGGCAGCUCCGCACCAGCCUGCCUCUUGAUCAUGAGUCCCAGGCAGUCCUCAUUCUGGAUGUCCAGGCCCGAAGUGGUUCACCUCCUGCCUAUAGCAACACGCGCGUGAAGAUCUCUGUGUCAGAUGUGAAUGACAACGUGCCCGCAUUCCCAGCCCCCUCCGACUCCAUUCUGCUGCCAGAGGCCACAGAACCUGGGACAGUGGUGUACACCUUGCAGGCCGAGGAUCGUGACAGCGGUGCCAACGGUCAGGUGAAUUUUGAGCUGGUGUCAGGAGGUGAUGGCACCUUCAGUGUGGAGCGCGCAUCAGGGGUGGUGCGACUGAUCGGGGCCCUGCAAUAUGAAGCCAGUGCAGCCUACAGGCUGGCCAUUGUGGCCCGAGACAGCGGCGUUCCUCAGCUCAGCUCCAGCUUCACGCUGCUGGUGCAUGUGCAAGCUGAGCACGACAACGGGCCCAUCUUUGACACACUCACUUACCGCGUGGAGGUGCGGGAAGGUGUGCCUGUCUCCACACGCUUCCUGCAGGUGCGGGCCCUGGCACGUGAUACGGAAUCCAUGACCCUUACCUACCACUUGCGUGCAGAUGGGGAUGCUGCCAGCUUUGGCAUCAUGCCCGAGAGUGGUUGGCUGUAUGUCAAAAGUGCGCUGGACCGGGAGACACGAGACCUAUACGUGCUCACUGUGCUGGCCUCGGCAGGAGGCAGCAGUGCGGGGGGGGAAGCACGGAAAACAGGCACCAGCACUGUACGGAUCAGCAUCACUGAUGAGAACGACAACAGCCCCCGGCUGAGUGAGGAGCGUUACUUCUUCACUGUUCCUGAGAAUCAGGCUCCUGGUGGCAGUGUGGGAAGGGUGAUGGCAAGUGACCGGGAUGCUGGGCAGAACAGCCGGCUCACCUACCGCCUGCUCCAGCACGAUCCCAACUUUCUUAUCCACACACAGACAGGGGACCUCAGCACCAAGCAUAGCCUGGACCGGGAGCAGCAGUCAAGCUACCAGCUCUUGGUGAUUGUGCAGGAUGGAGGAGCACCACCCCGCAGUGCCACAGGAACCAUCUAUGUCACUGUGCUGGAUGAGAAUGACAACGCUCCUGCUUUUCUCCACGUGGCCAGUGGUCAGGAGCUGCCCGUGCAGGUGCUGGAAGAGAAGCCAUCGGGACUUCUCGUCGCCUCCCUGCAGGCCAAGGACCCUGACGAGGGUGAGAAUGGGACCAUCAUCUACUCACUGAUAGGAGCCUGGGCAGAGCGUUUCACAUUGCACAUGGCUACUGGAGAGUUACGGACUGCCACAGUCCUACGCCGGUCUGACCGUGCUGAAUACAUCUUCACUGUGACGGCCAGUGACCGGGGCACGGUGCCUCGCAGUACAUCAGCCAUCAUUCGCGUUCAGGUACUGCCAUCCUCCCGGGUGCUGCCACGGCCUGACGCCACCGUGCUGACCCUGCACCCUCUCGAGGGGGUCAAGCCGGGGUCUGUGAUCGGCUCAGUGGCACCCCCAGAUGCCCCCGUGCGAGGACAGCUGACCUACACAGUGGUAGGAGGCGGUGGGGAUGGCACCUUUGUGGUUGACAGUGUGACAGGGGAGAUUUACGCUGCCCGGGAGUUGGACUAUGAAGCUGGGGCACGACACGUGCUUCAGGUGAGCGCUGAGGACACGCAGCAUGGCUAUCCCUCCAGCCGACUGGUGCUGGUACAGAUCCAUGUGCAGGACUGCAACGACCAGGCGCCCACCUUCCCUGAAGACCCCAUCACCAUCGUGGUGCCUGAGAAUGCCCAGGCUGGCUCGUCCAUCUUCACCUUCCAGGCACUGGACGGGGAUGGAGUGGGUCCCAACAGCCAGGUGCGCUAUGCCCUGCUGCACCAGGAGCCCCCCGGGGCUCCCUUCCAGCUUGCCCCCUCCCUUGUGGGGGUGGGUGCCACGGACCAGGCCCGCAACAUCAGCCAGCGCCGCUCGGCAGCUGUCACAGCCCGUGUGUUUGUGACUGACGAGAACGACAACACGCCCAUGUUCCUCUCGCCUGCUGCUGUCAGUGUCAUGGAGGACCAGCCAACAGGGUUCGUGGUGCUGCAUGUGGUGGCCCAGGACAACGAUUUGGGAGAGAACGGGCGUGUGAGCUACUCCUUGCGAGCAGGCAACAGUGAUGGCCGCUUCCACCUUAACCCCAGCACUGGUGCACUCUCCAUUGUGCGGGCCCUGAACCGGGAGGAGGUGGUGCAGCACAACCUGACGGUGGUGGCCAUGGAUCAUGGUUUCCCACGCCGCUCCGCCACACAGCUACUGUCUGUGCUGGUGCUGGACGUCAACGAUGAGGCUCCCACUUUUGAGAAACCUGAGUAUGAAGCACACAUCAUGGAGAACUUGCCGGCUGGCAGCCCUGUGCUGCAGGUGCUGGCCGUGGACCGGGACCUGGGUGCCAACGGGCAGGUGUCCUACGGGGGUCUCUCUGGGGGGCCGUUCUCCAUCCACCCACAGACAGGGCUUAUUGUCACCACACACAGCCUGGACCGCGAGGAGCAGGAGCAUCAUGUGCUGAUGGUCUAUGCACGGGAUGGUGGCCUGCCCCCCAACCUCUCCAAGGCAACUGUGCGGAUAACAGUUGGGGAUGAGAAUGACCAUGCACCGCACCUAGAGAGUGAGUCCUGCUCUGUGGAGGUCCCUGAGAACCAAAGCCGCGUGGCACUCUACACCCUGCGAGCCACCGAUCCGGAUGGCGGCGAGAACGGGCGCUUGGAAUACCACAUGGCAGAUGGAGACCCUGGGCAGGAUUUCAGCCUGGACCCAGUCUCCGGCGUCCUCUCCACUGCACGUGCCCUUGACCGGGAGCAAGUUGCUUCCUACAGCCUCACAGUGGUGGUGCAGGACCACGGCACCCCCCCACGCAGUGCCACCAUGUCGGUGAACGUGCGGGUGUUGGACCUAAACGACAAUGCACCGGGUUUUGCUCAGGCUGCCUAUGUGGUGGAGGUGCCAGAGGACUUGCCUGUUGGUGCCCUGGUGCUGCAGCUGGUGGCUGAGGACCCUGACGAAGGCACCAAUGGGCAGGUCUCUUACUACCUGGGCAACGAGUCACUUGGCAUGUUCCAGGUUGAGCCACAGAGUGGGCGCAUCAGAAGCGCCCAGGUGCUGGACCGGGAGCGCCACCCCAGUUACAGCUUCCUGGCCAAGGCUGUGGACUCAGCACCAUGGGAGCCCAAAAGCGCAGCUGUCCGUGUCACGGUCACAGUGCGAGAUGUCAAUGACCAUGCCCCUGCCUUCCUGCACAGCCCACUCACUGUCAACUUGUCGCGCCACACACCGCUCAAGCAGGUCGUGGCCACCAUGAGGGCAGAGGACAGGGAUGCAGGCGCCAACGCCUCCAUCCUGUAUCGCCUUGCCACCCCGAACUCUGCCUUUGCAAUCAACUCCUACACAGGGGAUAUCCAGCUUCUGCAGCCCCUGGGCUCACUCAGCCAACGCCAGCGGACGCUGUUUAUCCUGGCCACAGACCUGGGGCAACCGGCACUCUCCUCUACUGGUGUGGUGGUGAUCCAUUUGCAGGAAGAGCCCUACCGGGGGCUGCGCUUUCCCCGGAGCACCAGUGAUGUGGCCCUGCCGGAAAAUGCUGCCCCAGGCACCACUGUGGCAAGCAUCCAAGCCAUGCACACGGGGGGCUCUUCUGGGCGCAUCACCUACAGCAUCGUCAGUGGCAACGAGAAGAAUGCCUUCCUUAUCCAGCCCAGCUCAGGUGCCAUCUCAGUUCAGGACUCGAGCAGCCUGGAUUUCGAGGCCAGCCCCCGGCUGCGCCUUGUGGUCCAGGCAGAGACAGCAGCUUCCUUUGGCUUCAUGGCCAUAAACCUUAACCUGCAAGACGUGAAUGACAACUUGCCACGCUUCCAGCUGCAGAACUACGUGGCGUUCAUCUGGGAGUCACAGAGCUACGACUCACCAGUCAUCCAGGUCCUGGCAGAUGAUCCGGAUCAGGGGGCGAAUGGGCAGGUGACUUACGCCAUCAACCAGUCCCUGCCAAUGGCAGGCUUGUACCAUAUCGAUCCUCAGACUGGCACUAUCACUACAGCUGCCAUCCUGGACAGGGAGAUCUGGUCCCAGACCCGUUUGGUGGUAACGGCAGUGGACAGAGGGACGCCGCCUCUUGUGGGCUCUGCCACGCUGACCGUUGUGGUGAUGGACAUCAAUGACAAUAGCCCCACCAUCCCCUUUCCCUGGGAGGUGCGGGUCCCAGAGAACACGCUGCUGGGCACUCAGAUAGCCCAGCUGACCGGCAAUGACGUGGACUCGGGCCCCACACUCUCCUACACGCUCGUGCUGGAUGGUGACGCCAUGGGCACGUUCAGCGUGCUGCGGUAUGGGGGACGCAUCGCGCUGACAGGGCCGCUGGACUAUGAACAGCGCAGCCACUACACCCUCACCCUGCGUGCCUCCGACACCCGCCACGAGACUGAGGCCAACCUCACCGUCAUUGUGGAGGACAUGAAUGACAACGCACCGACUUUCAGCCAGGGCUUCUAUCAGGUGGCAUUGCCAGAGCACACUCCCGCAGGCAGCACCCUUCUCACUGUGAGCGCAACCGACCCAGACUCGGGGAGCAACGGGGAUGUCACCUUCCGCCUGGCCGUGCCCAGCCCUGACAUUGCCAUCGACCCCAGCAAUGGGACCCUCUUCACCAUCCGGCGUGUGGAAUUCAACACCAGCCAGCCCACCCUGGACCUGGUGGUGGAGGCCAGCGACCACGGCUCUCCCAGCCUCUCAUCCUGGACCACAGUGCAGCUCCAGGUGCUGGAUGUGAAUGACCACAGCCCCAGCUUCCAGGUGCCACGCUACAAUGCCAGUGUCCCCGAGGACCUGCGCCCAGGAACCACCGUGCUGACACUAGAGGCAGGUGAUGCUGACCUCUCCCGGGAGAACGCUGGCUUCGACUACACCAUCGUCAGUGGCAAUGGCGGCAAUGCCUUCCAGGUGGAGAGCCGGGUGGCCUGGGCAGGGGGGCAUCUCCGCACGCAGGGUGCCUUGGUGCUCGUGGAGCCCUUAGACUUUGAGGCCAUCCCAGUCUACAACCUCACUGUGGCAGCCUCAGACCGGGGCCUGCCGCAGCGCAGCACCACGGUGCCUGUGCUCAUCACCGUGCAGGAUGUCAACGACAACCCUCCUGUGUUCGCCCGAGCUGAGUACCGCACGGCAGUGAGCGAGAGCACGCCCCCCGGCACAGAGCUGCUGCGCAUGGUGGCCCACGAUGCUGACUCGGGACCCCACGGCCAUGUUCACUACACCAUCAGCUCAGGUGACCAGCACGGGCUCUUCCAGCUUCAUGAGAGCACGGGGGCCCUGUGCCUGGCACGGCCCCUGGACCGGGAGGCUCAGGCACUGCACGCACUUGUGGUGCAGGCCACAGACAUGCCGGGCGGGCACUUUGCGCUAGUACCCGUGGCCAUUGAAGUGAAGGACAUCAAUGAUAACAAGCCGUACUUCCCAGUGGAGGUGCUGAGUGCCAGUAUGCGGGAGAACCUGCCUCCCGGCACACUGGUCACCACACUGCGUGCUGUCGAUGCAGACACUGGUGUCUUUGGGGAGCUGCGGUACACAGUGCUGGAGCAGCCAGUGGGGGAGCCUGGCAUGGUGGAGGGCCGGGACGCCUUCUCUGUCAACAGCAGCUCUGGGGAGCUGCGCUCCCGACUCACCUUUGACUAUGAACGAGCCAAAGCCUUCCAGCUCCUAGUCAGGGCCACUGAUGCUGGCAACGCUUCUGCCACGGUGACUGUGCGGGUGCUGGUCACAGGGGAGGAUGAGUAUGAUCCCAUCUUCCUGAGCCCCUCCUUCAACUUUGAGGUCCCAGAGGGUGCCCGCAAAGGGCAGAGCAUUGGGCGGGUGCUGGCAACAGAUGAGGACGAGGGGGCUGACGGUGUUGUGCUCUACUCCCUGGCAAAGCCCUCGCCGUACUUUGCCAUCAACCAAACCACAGGUAGCAUCUACCUGCGUGUGGACAGCCAGCCCCAGGCCGGGGCCGGGCGUGCCAAGAGGGAACCGCGGGAGAUGAGCCUGGAGGUGCAGGCACGCAGCCCCCUGCCUGCCUCCCGCUCAGCCUCCGCGCAGGUCACCAUUGACGUCACGCACACCUCCUUUGGGCUGGCUCCAGACCUCAACCUGCUGCUGGUGGCCGUGGCUGCCUCGCUGGGGGUUGUGGUGGUGCUGGCCGCCGUGGCCAUUGUGCUGGCACUGGUCCGCUCUCGCCACCGCCGGGGCCGUGAGAAGCCGGAGGGGGACGGGCCUCUGGGCCGCAGCGGCUCCUUGCAGAAGCUCAGCCGCGAGGAGCCGGCACUUCCCGGGGGCGAGCACAUCUACCACCAGGCCCUGCCGGGGUAUGGGGGCGAGCCAGCAGGGCCCUACACGCGGGGUGGCUCGCUGGAUCCCUCGCACUCUAGCGGCCGAGGCUCUGGCCAAGGCGCCGAGGAUGAUGAGAUCCGGAUGAUCAACGAGUACCCGCGCGUGGCCAGCAUCACAGCCUCCAUGCAGGAGCACAUCUCCGCCCGCGGCCCUGACUCCGGCAUCCAGCAAGAUGCCGACCAGCUCUCUGACAUCUCCUGUGAGCCAGCCGCCCUGGAGAGCGCCCAGUGGUUCAAGAGCAAGAAGGGCUCCGGGCUGCUGCUGCCAGGGCCGCCCCCGCAGCUGUACCGCGAGGAUGGGGGAGAGUUUGCCCGCCUCAAGGAUGAGAGCUCCCUGCGCAAGCCCUUCCCGACCAAGCCCAAGGCAGAGCCCAAGCCCCGCAUUGACCCCCCACCCCUCAUCACCUCAGUGGCCCACCCGGGCGCCAAGUCUGUGCCCCCCAAGCCGCCGGCGGGCAGGACCUUCCCGCACCCGUCCUCCCUGCGCCGCUCACCCAUCAGCCACGAGGGCUCCAUCUCAUCCUCCGCCAUGUCGCCCAGCUUCUCCCCCUCGCUAUCCCCGCUGGCUGCCCGCUCCCCCGUGGUCUCGCCCUUUGGCAUCUCACAGGGCCCUUCUGCCUCCGCCAUCAGUGCUGAGCACUCGCUGGAGCCCCCCGAGGAGGCCGAGCUCAGGAUUUAG